CCGUUGAAGACACGCCGCGCUCACUGAUACGCUGCUGAUCCGGUGGGCCUGGACUGCUAAUAUUCUCCAUCCACGACUGCAGAAACCAGCAGCACUGAACACACACACUCCCUCUGUCUCUCUCACACACAUACACACAUAACUCAACGAGCUCCCACUGACCAUGACUGCGAAAAACCGACACAAGGGCAACUCGAGCGAGAAAAGCGCCGCGUCCAGCCAAGAUGACGCGUCCAAGAAGAGCCAAAAGAGCGCCGGUAACGGAGUGAGUGGCCCCGCAACCCAGGGGCCACGGUCAGGAGGCUGGUUCGGGCUAGUUUUGUCUGGCGUGUUUUACAUCGCUUUAAUAGGCGCCGCGGGGUUUGCUGCUUUUUAUUUACAGCAAGUAGUGGAAGAAAUUCAGAAAACAAGCGCCAGACAUGAGGAAAGCGCACGGCAAAACGCAGAACUGGGCAGUAAAAUGGAGAGCGUCGUUCAACAGGUGGAGUCUCUGAGGAGUGUUGUGGAUGGGUUGGAGUCAUCACUGGGCAUCACGCGGGUGGAAUUGGAGGGCGCCAUCAGCCGGAUGAAGAGAGGCGAGGUGGAGACGAGGAGGGUGGAAGAGGCCCUUCAGAAGCUCCAGAACGAUCUACUCAGGGACCUUUCGGAGGGCAUCAAUGAGGUGAAGGAGGCCCGAGAGAGGGACUUCUCCUCUCUGGAGAAGACUGUAGAGGAGCGCUUGGCUGAGGUGAGUCAGUCGAUCAAAGCCAGCGUGACAGAGUUCACUGAAGCUCAGGGCGUGGCACAGAGCCAGCUGGCUGAUCUCAAGGCCCGUCUGGGUGACAUGGAAGACCCCGCGCUCAUCAAACAGGAACUGUCUGCCAUUGUUAACACCGUAGCUGAAAUCAGAACAGCCAAGCAGGCAGCGGAUGCCUCGGCUGAUUCACUCAGGGAGCAGAUAGGUGCAGUGAGGGAAGAGCUUCAGACUCGCAACCAGGAAGUGGCCUCACUGUCUCAGGAAGUUCAGUCAGUUAGGACAGCAGCGCAAGAUAAUGUCGGGAGUCUGAGGCAGUCGGUGUCUGCAGCAGAGGCCAGUGUCAUAGCUCUGACGGACAAAAUGGUGACACUGGAGAGCGGGGUCGAGCAGGCUGCAGAUGCUGUACGCAAUGUGGAGAAGCAGGUGGUUGAAGUUGCUGCUCAAACCCAGAGAAGAUCAGAUGACCUGGAAGCCAGAGUCAGUGCAUCAGAGAAGAGUGGAGAUACAUUCUCCGCUUCAGUAGCAGAGAUCACCUCCAGACUGGAAUCACUCUUUGCCAAAUACGACACCCAUGAGAGCACUCUAGCUGCACAGGGGCAGGUUGUGGAGAAAGCCAAGACUAGCUUGGAGCAGGAGCUGGAGGCACUGAAAAGCAGUGUGGAGGCGUCCAACAGCGUUGGUCAGCAGGUGGGAGACUUGGAGAAGAGGCUCGCUGCUCUGGAGGAGAGCAGCAGCAGCGGCAUAAAGCCUGAGCAGCUGGAAAGUUUAAGAGGAGUGGUGGCUGGCUUGGAGGGCAAAGCAGCCAAGCUAGAAGGCCAUGAACAAGCUAUUUCUGCCCUUCAGAAAGCACUGCAGGAGACAACAAAGUCAUUAGCAGGCUUAUCCAAAGCUCCCGGCAAGAAGGGAAAGUAAGUACCUAGAUAGAAAAGUGACGUGGCGAUACCAAAACAUCCAACAACAACAUGGACAAUAAUGAAACCCACUUUUACUUAUUUUUAUGAAGAAUUAUUAGUCAGAACUUGUUGGUUGAUGUCUUGAUGUUGCACACUUUUACAUAGACUCGUAGAAAAGAGGUACAUGUGAGGGAAAACUAGGUUGGGUCAGGAGGGAGUGGCAGAGCUGGACUGCUGAUCUGUGAAUUCAAAUCCACACUCAGGCUGCACUGUAGUUUUGUUUUCUAAUAUUUUUACUGUUUUUUUUUGGUUAGACUUUAAAGUUUCUGUGCCAAGGCUGUCUUUUUUUGAACUCAAAUGCAAUAAGCUCGUGUUGAGCACUCCAUUGUUUACUCACUACAUGUUGUUGUUGUUGUUGUUGUUUUUUUAACAAGAAUAAAAAACUCUUGUCGACCCAAAA